CGCGGGAGCCUGAGGAAUUCAAGCCCCGCCUCCUCGUUAGCCGUGCUUUCCUUGCCGGCUGUUGCUAGGCGGGGGCAAGAGGCGGCAGCUCCGUGUAGGCGGCAAGUUGUGAACUGUACGUUCCAAGCCAUCCCCAACUCCAAUCCCUAAGGAGAAAUACUGACUAGAUUCUGAAGGCUCUGCAUCAGUAAGAUUACUUCUUUGUAGGGAAAUGAAAAAGUCCUCAAAUACAACAGGUACUGGUGCUCCAAAAUCAGAUAGUCAGCUCCCAGAAAAAAUCCACAAGACACAAUCGGCACGUGCUGCAAAGAUAAAGGCAAGAAAAGAAGAGAUUUCAGCAACAAAAAUACAGAAAGCCUGGUUCACUUAUGUGGACAAAACAUUGUUUAAACUCCUAAAACACACUGUUUGUGCAGCGGAAUAUUGUGUGGCGCAUGAACUGCUGAAGAAAGUAAGCCCCAUAGAAGCUGCACUUGUUAAAGAUCCGAGCAUGAAGUGUAAAGUCAGGUUCAGAUUUGGUGGUGAAACGUUUCCACCUUUUAUCGUGUUCAAAAUUUUUUUUAAAAAUGAUGGCCAUGGUUACAAGUAUUUCAGUGGGAAAGAUUUACUAAAGCCGUCAAGUAAGGCAGUGGCUGAUGCUUACAAGAUAAUGGGGGAAAGGAAAUUUUGUCAACAAAUUAUGGAAGAUGAGCAUCUUUUCCAGAAAUUCAAAGUAACUGAUCGCAUGGAUGUUGUCACAGUGCAAGAUUACAUGCAAGUAAGGAAUUUGGAUAUAGAUAUUAAAAAGGCUUGCCUGACCCUAUUCUCUAACAAGAAAGAAUCAUAA